AACACGAGAAAGAGAAACAGUUUCGAGCAUACACCUUCCUCUGCGACCCCGUGCCAUCGUGCAAUCUGACAAUAUGACCCCACCUCCAACUCAAUAUCCAGAGCAGUCUAUUCAGCGAUGGAGACUCGAUAAACCCACAUAUCUGUAAAACUUGCGUACGUGAACCUUUUAGAGAUCUUGAUCCCUAUGCUGAUUGUAAGCUCUUCCUCCACUUCUUCUCUGUUCUCCUUAUUGACGCGAAUACAAGCAAUAACACCCUACAGCUUGGUCAUCGAGAGCAAUGUGGAUUUCUUUGUGGAUCCUAUUUACUGCUGAUUUGGAAUUGAGAAAACGAAAAACCAUAAACGGGAUCUCGUUAAUUGAACCGAAAAUCGCAUUGCCUAUCUUGGACGGACCUGCAUACGCCCUCGCGUACCCAGACUACACCCUAUGAACAUAGACUCAAGUAUAAAAAUGACUUCAAAUCUUGAAAUUCUAAUGCGACAAGAAUAACCCGACCUCUCCGCUCAAUUUCCUCAACGUUCUAACAUUAUGUCUUAUUUGAACUCAAGCCUAUCCCUCAAUGGGACUAUGCGCGCUGUCAUGUGGUCGGGCAUUCCUUAUAAUGUCACCGUCCGUAAGAGCUGUCCUAAUUACCUAUGUAUUUCCUGUUUCUUGAACUAACUUGUCUAAGAAAACGUACCAAUUCCUAAAAUCCAGACCCCAACCGACGCUAUCAUCGGCGUGGAAGUAGCCGGCAUAUGUGGAACAGACUUGCACACCUACGCAGGAGUGCUAGGAAGUUCUACGCCGCCGUGGGUGAUGGGCCACGAAGCUGCUGGUGUUGUUGUAGAAAUUGGUUCUGGUGUUCAAUAUACCAAGGUUGGCGACGAGGUGGUUAUUCCUGAUCAAGUGCAUACUGGGCUACUCGAUAUGAAGCUCCCAAAUCAUGGUAAUCGCGAAGGCUAUUUAUAAUAAUAAUAGAGUAAAUAUUAAUAAACUAGAGGUUCUAUUAAAAUAUAACUUAG